AUGACAGUCAAUAGUCUUACAUCUAUCAAGCUAUUUUUACUUGAUAUCAAGCCAGACAAACUAGCCAAGAACCAAAAUCAAAUAAUUACAACACAGGAUCAAUUAUUAGCCGCCUAUCCAAAAAUAUUUAAUUCCUUGCUAAAUUGUAAUGGGGAAAAUGAGAAAGAACGUGUUAUCAUUACAGAUACUUUAAGUAUAUGGUAUACCAGGUGUAUCAAAUUGUAUGAUUUAAAAAUUUGUACAGUAGAAUUCCAAAAGGAGAUCAAACGAUUAUUAUUAUCACCAUCAUCACAAAACUUAUGUGAUAAAAAUUAUAUCUUUAUUUUUAGAUUUGUCGUUGACUUUUGGAGUGAUAGUGGUUCUGCACUGGCUAACUCAUUGAAAGAUCUGUUUAAUAAAUUAGUUUUAAUGUUGUCCAAAUACUAUCAUGAAUGCUUUGAAGAAAUCUUAACUGAUUGGUUGAAGGAGGCUGUUUUGAGUAUAAGUAAAAUAAUGAGAGUUCGCUAUUUUAUCAUAUCUACAUUAUUAAAUGAACUGGAAUCAUCUGAUAUUGUAAAAAAUGUAAUACUAGAAAAUGAUCCGGAUUUUAUCACUUCUUCUCUACAAACAAUGAUUACUUCAAAUGCUCUAUGCUCACCCAUUGGUAAAUGUUUAGCCACUGUUUUAAUUAAAAUAUACAAAGAAAAUCAAAGCUGGUGGUUUGAAUUAUGGGUUCCACAAAUUAUCAAUAUUCUCUCAAUUGAGUCUCUAAACGAUUCCAAUAUCUUGAAAAAUGUUCAAUUAUACCUACUAAUUCCGAUCUUUAAAAAGAAUUCAACCAUAUUUCACACAUUUGUUUCUAAAUAUGUUGUACCAAUAAAUAAUACCCAGUUAUUGCUAUUGCUAUUAAAAAUUGGACAAGACUUGGGUAUUGAACAGGAGCCAUUUCAUAAAAGCCAAUUGAUUAGUUUGCAAAAUUUGGAAAAAUUACUACUACAAGAUAAGUAUAAAUUGGAUGCAUUUGAAUUGUUAACCACCAGUGUUAAAAAAUCCAGACUCAUUCAGCCCUAUAUUUACAAGAUCUUGCAAAAAAAUAUCUAUGUAUUUUUUAUGGAUUUUAAUGUUGCGAGUAGAAAUUAUUUCCAUAGUAGCUUUAAACGUUUUCUUUAUAGAAUAAGGGAUUCUUCGUGUGCCUUGUAUAGAACCGCCAUCAAAUUGAAAAAAGCCUCAAACAAGUUUCCAGAAGAACAAAGAUUUAAUAUGGAACAGGUUGAAAACGGUAAAAAAUUCAUUGAAUUUUGUAUUCAAUUUAUCAAAUUUCAACUUUUACCCAAUUCACAAUAUCAAAGAGUUUUUUUAGCCAUGAAAAUAUUAAUGGAUCUAAUCGAAUCUGGUGUUGAUAAUACAGUUCCUGUGAAAUAUUUAGCUUCAAAACAAAACCCCGUUGAUUGGCCGUAUUCUAUUUCGUUAUUUGACGACACUUUAGUUAGAUUAGUCUGUGAUAAUUUGGUCAAUAAUUAUGACGAUGUUAGAGAAAUUUCUCUCAAGAUUUGUUUGGUUAUAUUAAGUACACCAAAGUGCAAUUUGAUCAGGAUGGACUUGCUAUUGGAUAAGGGCUUAAAAAUGUUACAUUAUUAUACUUCCAGUGAAACUGGAGCACAAUUGGUGAAAUUGGUAUUUUUAAUACAUCAAAAACAGCAAUCAAAGAAAAACGUGCCUUUAAUUAACUUGUUACUUAAUGAUCUAUCAAUGGGACUAAAAUUAGUUGACAAAAGUUUCGAUGGUAUUUUAGAAUCACCAGUGAGCGGUACCUUUACAGCAUUAGCCCUAAUUACCCCCGUUCUAGACUUUAAUGAAAAAAAUAUUCAUGACGAAGCACCAAAUCCAAAAGAGUUCGUUUCACAAUGCCUAUCCAAUAUUGGUUAUAUUUGGGAAAUCGUUUUAGAAAUAUUAUGCCAUGAUUCUUUCCAAAAUGAUAUUUCUGAUAAGUAUAGGGAUAUUCAAGAUAAUCAAUUAAUUGUCAGCUUUGCGUUUCGGUCUAUUAAGGAAUCUUCAUUUUUAUUAGAGAAUCUAAUUAAAUAUGCACCCUUGACUGAUCAACAGCUAAUUUCUGUUGGUGAUUUAUUAAUUGAACAAUUAACCACUAUUAGGCACAGCGGUGCAUUUCAAGCUGUGGCUCCAACUUUUGUUGCUUGUUGUGAUAAAACAAUGGCACAAAUACCGGAGCAAGUUAAAGUCUGGGUUUUAUCAAAUGUAACAUCCCUAGAAUCCAAAUCACAAGCGAUCACUAGGAGAUCAGGCGGAUUGCCCUUUUUGAUAAGCGCUAUGCUGAGUUCAGAAAAAACUGAUGGAAGGCCAUUGUUAAAAUUUACUUUUGAAAAGUUGUUAGAAAUCUCACAGGUCCCCAUUGUGGAACAUGAAGAUCGUUUAGAUUUACCCCAAGUUAACGCUUUUAAUUGUAUUAAAGCCUUAUUUGUUGAAUCUAGACUAUCUGAUACGUGCAUAGAUUUUAGCUGUCCUCUUUUGAAGCUGUGUUUGAACAAUUUCAAUUCACCUAUUUGGGCUAUGAGAAAUUGUUCAAUUAUGUUAUUUGCUGCAUUGCAAAAUAAGUUGUUUGGGAAACUAGGUAGAAAUACCAAUGCACGUCUUUUCUUUAGUAAGUACAAAAGUAUUAGAGAGCUAUUAUUGGAAAAAUUAGAAAAUUCUAUUAGAAACAUUGAGAUUACCGGUUGUGAUGGUGGUAAUAAUAGUGAAAGUGUGGAAAGCUUAUUUUUGGUUUUAACCAUUAUUUCAAGGUUGAAAAAAACACCAGGUUAUACCGGCUUGGAUGAUUUUAAAGAUCUGAUUAUUAAAUGUUUGGGCAAUAAUACUUGGAAAAUCAGAGAAAUGGCCGCUAGAGCCCUAUGUUCUGUAGUAGUGGCAAGUGAUUGCGAGGAUUUGGUUAAAUUUUUGUUUCUUAAGGAGUUGGGUGAAUUUCCACUAGCUAAUCAAAACAGAUUGCAUGGUAUAUUAUUAGUUGUCAAAGAAUUUUUAAAUAAUGGGUAUAGUAUUAAACCACUUUUGAUUUUAAAUUUUACGCCAACAUUGUUUUAUAUUAAUCAAUGUCCAACGACAUGUAAAAUUUUCAUUGAAUUAAUUACAGAACUAAGUAACUUUGACAAUAUUAAUAUCACGAUUCCCUUUGUUUCUCAAUGGUUUGUUGCACAUUAUAAUAUUCCUGAUUUGAAUGGUUCUCUGCAAUUAUUAUUAAAAAGUGUUAUAGAAUAUUUAUUAAAAUUUGAAACAGAUAGGGAACGGUUGCAAGAUGUGCUUUUAUUGGGACUACAUUCAACGUCUUUUGAAGUCCAAUUUAGUACCUUAGAUUAUAUCAAUAAUUCUAGCAUGGACCGGGAGACUAUUGAACAUAUAAAACCAAGAUUAUUAGAGAUUUUUGAGAAUAAUCAAAAUUGGACAUAUUUGAGAUCUCGUGUUUUAUUUUCUUUGCAAAAAAUAAAAAUUGCAUUAAAUCCAGAAAUUUUGUUUUCUAUCUUACAAAAUCAAGAUGAAAGUGAUGAUUUGAAAUGUAAUGCAUUACAGUCACUUGGCGGCUUUGUUAAAGAUUGGGAUAAAGAGUAUUGGGCACUUAUAAAUAUUUACUCGAAAGAUAAAGUUGAGUUGCCAUUUAGACUGGCCUGUGUUCAUUCAUUAAAGAAUUAUUAUGAAUCAAGUAAAUCUGAAUUGUGUUUGUUUUACAUUACCCAAUUUUUAUUUGAUGAUGAUGAGGAUAUUAGGAGUUUUGCUAGUAGUAUUUUAAGUAAGGUUUUGGAUGUUGAUUCUGAUAUUCCAAUUGUUUUAGCUAAGAAAUUUUUUGAAAAAAACAAGGACUGUAUGUUUUUAAUUGCAAGAGAUAUCAUUGAGAAAUAUUUAAAGCCAUUAACUUUUAACAUUUUAAAAGCUACAGACAAUUUUAAUGACGAAUUAUUUGCUGCGGAAGAAGAUAAUAUUGUAAGAAAUGUUCCAGAAUUACUGAAUAUUAUGCUUUACGCUAAGUCAAAUAUCAUUAAUAAUGCAGAAUCCAAGAAACUCCUGGAUGCUAAAGCGGAUCAAUUAACUGAACAACUUUCUGAGACUAGGAUUGAUGACUCUAUACUUGGAUGGGGUAGCGAUCCGGAAUUAUUUAAAAAUAUCAGUAUCUUAUUGAUUUUAACUUAUAAUUCUGAUAAAUUAAGAUACAUUGAGAUUAAAAAAUUGCUAGAAAAACAUAAUUGUGGGUAUAUAGUUGAUUCAUUAAAUUUGAGUAAUGUUUAG